AUGAAUCCUCAUGCUUUCGACUUUGGUGAUGUUGAUAAUGAUGAGGAUAAUGAAUUUGUGAUUGGUAACUUAAAAGGUGAACUGGCAGUGUUUAAAGGUAUAUCCGUUUGCGGGGAACCUUAUAUGAUUUGCAAUGGGUUAGGAACAAUCACUUGUUUGGCCAUUGGUGAUAUCAAGAAUUCGGGAAAGAAUUCGAUUGUGUGUGUAAACGCGGAAGGUCAGUGCCACAUCUUUGAUGUAGAACCCAGUUAUGAACUAAUUCCAACAGUCGAUAAUGAAAAUGCAACAUCAUCAUCAAAGAAAAGUAACGACUCGCAGAAUUCUACGAUUAGACCCAUCAUCAAUGUCAAUCCAUUGAUCAUUGAAAAACCUACAAUGACAUUGCCCGUUCCUGUUAAUUGUAAUCGAAUCUUGAUCGCAGAUAUCGAUGGUGAUGGGAUUAAUGAAGUUGUUCUUGCUCGUACUGAUCGCAUAUUACAUGUACUUCAUUUCCAAAAAUUAUCCAUUGAUGAUAUCAAGUCUCUCACGAAGGAGCAACAAAACAUAUUGGCUAGGUCAAAUAUGAUGACAGAUCUCGCGGCAGAAAUGUCGAACUCUAAAGAUAAAGAAAAGAAGAGUGUCAAUAUUGUGAUGCAUUUGAUAGAAAAAAAGAAGUGGUUCUUUGACGGACAGAUCACUUCUUUGUCCACAGCCAAGGAUCCGAUCACUUCUUCUCCAUUAUUACUUGUUGGCCAGCCUGGCGGUCACUUAAUAAUUAUUGAGAGGAAUGAGAAAAAAAACCUUCCUACUCAAGUAUCGGAUAAUCCUGAAAGUAGUGAUGAAGUUUCGACUGAAAUCGUCAGGGGAACGAGGUUUAAAAACGGUGAACGUUUGGACGUUGUGGCAAUUAUCACUAUGGAUGGCAAAUUUACAUUAUACGAUCUUCAAAAUUCAAGCAUGUCACAUCAUGAAAUUUCAGUUACGCAUAAACUGUUUGGAAUGGCUGCUAUGAACUUUUGCAAAAAUGGUGAUAAAAAAUUCCUUGAUGAACCUGAAGAAAUGGGAGACGAUAUUUUUGUUACUUGUGCGUGGAAUGGCAAUACAUAUAUGAUUGAUCAUGAUUUUAAUAUUGUCAAAUUUGAAUUUGAAGCAAGGGUUUGUGCAUUCGCUGCAGGCCGAUAUGCUAUUACACCCGGUCAUAAUGUUAAUUGUUUUAUGUACGUGGAUUUUGAGGAUCGUAUAACCGUUUAUUAUAAUUUGCGAAUUAAUACAAAACCGGUCACGAAUUUCAUUGAAAUAAUGAGUGGUCAAUUUAAUCAGUUUGAUGAAUUAUUAAGAAACAAAAUACCAGAUUACGAUCAAGAAAAAAAUGCGCUUUCGAAUGGACCAAAUCAAUCUGAAUAUAAUAUCACCGAAUUUUUCCAUCAAUGCUUGUAUCAAUUGGACGAUUAUAAGAAUAUGAAAUCUAAACUUCAACGGGAGAUCGAAGAAAUAAGGGAAAUAAAUGAAGCAGCGGAAGGCGAUAAAUUAGGAUCUGCAGAGAUAUCGAAAUCGCUAAAUGAAGAACAAUGUCAAAAUGAUCAAGAACCAUCAACAAUAUCAGAACAGGAAGAAGGUAUAUUUAAUUUAUUACAGGAUGUUGAAAAACGAGAGGUAGAAAACGAAUAA